UUUUUAUUCUUUGCUAUUUUUUAAUUACAGUCAAAGCGCUGGCACUGGCGAGUGGGCGAUUAUUGAGCUGCAGGGAGAUUUGGAGGUGCGCAGCAAUCAAAGCAUGCACGAUCAGUUCAUCGGAGAUCUGUACUACAACAAAUAUGGCCAGCCAAUACUCAUAAUAGGCCAUCACAUUUUGCAAGGACGCGAACAGAAGCUGGACAAGCCAUUUGCGGUGCUGGAAAAGUCCAAGACAAACGAGGGACAGCAGCUGCUGAAUGUCACAAAUGCCACAAUGGAUGCCAGCGCCUUGAAUGCCACUGCAGGAGCUGAGCGCACUCUGCUGGAUGACACUGUUGCCCUGGAGCACAAGAGUCGCCAACGAACGGAGUAUACUGUGCGUGCCGUGUGCACCAAGAAGCUAAUCUUCAAAUCGCGUCCCAAGCCAAUUAUAGCCAAUGUGGCCAAGUCAGUGUAGAUUUCUCUUUAUAUAUUUACUGUAGUUGGUUAGAUAGUUCCCAUAGCAUAUAAUAAUUGUUGUUAAGUACAAUACAUUAAAUGAUUUCUGUUUCGCGCUCAAUGCCCACAAA